GUCUCUCCCCUCCACGUCAACUCCGCUCCGCCGCCACGUCUCGCUCCCCGUCGCCGGCGAGCCGGCUACCGAGGUCCAGCCAUGUCGAAGUACGGGACCAUCCCGACCUCGUCGGAGGGGCCGGGCCCGGGUGCGGGCGGGUCGUCCCCGCUCGGCUUCAUCUCCCGCGCCAAGGCGCGCGGCGCGUCGGCGCUGGCGGAGCGGCGGCCGUGGCGGGAGGUGGCCGACCCGAGGGCCGCCUCCGUGCCGCGCGGGUUCCGCGACGCGUACCUCCGGGCGCGGGCGAACCUGUCCCACUUCUCGAUGAACUACGCCAUCGUGGUGCUGGUGGUGGUGUUCGUCUCCCUGCUCUGGCACCCGGUCUCCCUCAUCGUCUUCCUCGCCUGCAUGGUCGCCUGGCUCUUCCUCUACUUCCUCCGCGACGAGCCGCUCGCGCUCUUCGGCCGCACCGUCGGGGAGGGCGCCGUGCUCGCCGUCCUCUCCGUGCUCACCCUCGCCCUGCUGCUCCUCACCGGCGCCACCGCCAACAUCCUCACCUCGCUGCUUGUCGGCCUCCUGCUCGUCCUCCUCCACGCCGUCUUCCACCGCCCCGCCGACACCAUCGACGAGGAGGCCGGCCGGUAUUACACUCCCGUCCCGCCGCAGCCCACCUACUAGCGACCUGGCGAUGUUUCGCACACAUUUCGUAAUAAUCCUCGCGUUGUCACAUGUAUCCUGCAGAGUGGAGGAUGGGUUCGUGGUCAGUCUGUGAACCAAAACUUGUAGAUUCAGCGACUGUGAAGAAAACACUGUGCAUUCUCCUGUUCUUGGAUGCUGUUCGUCGAUAUCCUUGCUGCUUGCUCCUCUGAAUCUAUGACCCAUUUAUGUACAAUUCUGAGUCCUGCUGGAGUGCCACAUUUCUGAGCUGUAUCAUGUCUUUUCCCCCUUUUGCCAUGUUCAGCACUUCAUCUUGUGGUGACGGUGGUUGAAAAUUUCAUUUUAGAAGCGAAAUAAAUCAUGCUGCAGUUUAAUGCAGUGGUUUUAGGCGUC